AAAAGACCAGUAGGAAGGCAAAUCCAUACAAACGACACCAGCCUUCAAUUUCUCCUCGUCUUUCCUCGUCAAAGCUGCUUUUUUUUUUAAUCCACAGACUGUCUUGAGCUGGGUGAUAACAUGGCUCGGUCAGCUUUGGUCAUUGCUGUGUUAUCAGUCGUGUUGUCCGGUGUGUUUGCCGGAGUGUUUUUUAACCAGAAGCAGCCGUGCUAUGUCCGCUCACCGACGAGAAACGAGGUUGGGCUGAAGACUGCUCCUCGACCUCAUGAGUAUCUAAACAUUUCUGAUCUGCCAAAAUCCUGGGACUGGAGGAACAUCGAUGGUACAAAUUAUGUGAGCACGACCCGCAACCAGCACAUUCCACAGUACUGUGGCUCCUGCUGGGCCCACGGCAGCACCAGUGCCAUGGCAGACCGCAUCAACAUUAAGCGCAAAGGAGCAUGGCCAUCUGCUUAUCUGUCCGUCCAGCACGUGAUCGACUGUGGUGACGCCGGCAGUUGCCAUGGAGGGGAUCACAAUGGAGUUUGGCAGUACGCUAACACACAUGGGAUUCCUGACGAGACCUGCAACAACUACCAGGCUAAAGACCAGAAGUGCAAGCCUUUCAACGAAUGUGGCACCUGCACCACCUUUGGCGUGUGCAACAUUGUUAAGAACUACACCUUGUGGAAAGUGGGAGAUUUUGGCUCCGUCAGUGGGAGGGAGAAGAUGAUGGCAGAGCUCUACAAAGGAGGGCCAAUCAGCUGUGGGAUCAUGGCCACAGAUAAACUCGAUGCCUACACUGGAGGUAUCUACUCUGAAUAUCAGGAAGAUCCUUACAUCAACCACAUCGUGUCAGUGGCGGGGUGGGGAGUCGAGGGCGGCGUUGAGUACUGGAUUGUACGUAACUCUUGGGGAGAACCAUGGGGUGAGAAAGGCUGGCUGAGGAUCGUGACCAGCGCCUACAAGGGAGGAAGUGGCAGCAAAUACAACCUGGCGUUGGAGGAGGACUGCAUGUAUGGAGACCCAGUUGUCCCCAAAUCCUACGUGUAGGGACCAGCACCCCACAGUGUUGCUGCUCACCUUCAUGUGUCGUCCUAUAUCUGUCAGGGAGAACUUUAUGCACAAUGAUAAAAAAGGGAAUGGGAUGUCUUUGUAGAGAUCUUGUGAGUGGUUUUAGGACACUCAAGCUGGAUACUAGACCUGCUUGAUUAAAUGCAGGUUGUCUGAUUUGUAUCACAUUGAAGGCUGGUGAACGUCAUGAUUUAGUUUGAGAAACACAUCAAGCAGUUUGUGUGGCAGUUAUUCAAGCACUGAAGAGAAAUUACAGAGUAACGCAAAAGCUUCAUUUUAUAUGAUUGAGAGGGUAAAGAGGUUUUAGUAGUUUGUAUAGUUUAUUUUUCAAUGAAUAGACUCACCCAAAGAACAGUGUUUAGAUGAUACUAUAAUUUGUUCUGCACUGAUGGAGACUGGAUGUUUUCAGUGCAUUAUGUAAAUGUUUUAAGUUUUGCACUACGCUGGGAUCAAGGAUUUUAAAAUAAUCAACUUUUAAGUGUGCCUUAUAUGACUUUCACUCGAGCAUAUCUUUAUCAAUUUACUGUUUUUAAAAUGAACCAUCUACACAUCAUUCACUGUGCAAAAAUGUUCAUCUGUUUUCAAACUUCAAUAAAAACACUUGAAGUGCUUCUCACAAACAACAUCGGCCCCCUGAUGUCACUCUGUUCUACUAAUUGGCAGUAAACGUUAAUUUUCUGGCUCAUAUGUUCCUAUGGUGACAGUUUCUCAUUAUAGUAAGUAUAUUUAUGUAAAUGACACUUCUUCACCCUGUGUCGUUCUGUUUUUAAAACUUGUGUCGUAAGAAACUUCUCACUGUGAAUUCUCUACACCAGUCAUGUUGGCUCGAUUAGAUAUUACACAGACUCUGGACCACAGCGCUGCAAAAUUCUGGGUAAUCAACCGAGUCAGACCUUUUCAUUCUCACAUGCAGCCUUGAGGAAAAAUGAUGUUUGGAAUUGCCGUGUGUUACACAGCCUCUAGAAAUCUCUCAACCGGCCCAUCGUGAAAUAUUUGUUAUGAUUCUUCGCAAUCUCUCACGCAAAAAAUGCGCAUAGUCUCAGGCCGUUCUUUUUUUUUUUAAAUACCCUUAAUGUGAGGUCUGUCUUCAUUAUUCACUGAUACAUGUAGCAUUUAACUGUCCACACUUGAUACAACUGAAAUUAAAUGACUUUGAAUGUU